AUGCUAUCGUUAGCAUUCGAGUACUUCGUACUCGUCAUCCUCUCUAUGGUCUUCGGCGCUACAUGUUCAUUAGAUCCAUCAUUGAACGCCUAUUCUGCCAGCGCAAACCAAGCUCACCCGAAUCAUGGUCAGCUUACUAAGUUUGGCAAGGGUGUCGAAAAAGAAAUAGAACAAAGUUUGCAACCAAGACCAAAUGAAAUCACGUAUACAGCAAGAGAAGUGCCUCGUUUACGAUUUGUUAAACUCAAAACUAAAGCUGAAAAUGCUGAAUUUCUUCGAAAUCACUGGCAUAAAGAAAAAAAUAGACUUGAUACGACGCUUCCUCAAAGGUCAAGCCUUCGUAAAAACACAAAAGUAGGUAAAAUUCUCGCAAAGUUUCCUGAUACUAUGGAAGGAAAGCACAAGUAUGCAAGGCAAAAGCGAGAUAGCCACAAAAAAGUUCUAAGUGAUAUUUCUAAAGAUAGUGCAGUCCAUAAAAGACUUGGUCAUAUAAACAGCGAUGACGAACGCGAAAUUAAUAAGAUCAAAUUCCGCGAUUCAAUACAGCUCGGAUAUACCAGCGCAGGUUCUCCAAGAAGUCCAAAUGUCGAUCAUAAUGCUGUUUAA